AAGGAGUGAGUUCUGGCAAGCAGCGACAGAGAGCGGUUUGGAGUACAACGAAUUUGACAUUCACAUCACAUUUCAAGACUUUGACUGUUCCUUCACUUUCUUUCUUUCUUUCUUUCUUCUCUCAUGGCGCCCGCGAUGAGGAUCGUUUUCGGACUUCUCACAUUUGUCACCGUCGGAAUGAUUAUAGGUGCUCUCUCUCAAUUGGCAAUCAUACGAAAAUUGGAAGACUCAUAUGGCAAUGAUUCUCUGUCAUUUAGAAGAUUGAGUGGACUUGAUAAUGAUGGUUCCCUUCAGUUGCCGAGAGGUAUUCCUUAUUGGAAUAAUGACAAGGAGGCAGAAAUCUUACGAAUUGGAUAUGUCAAACCUGAAGUGCUUAGCUGGUCUCCACGAAUUAUUUUACUUCAUAACUUCUUGAGCAUGGAGGAAUGUGAUUAUCUCAGGGCUAUAGCUCUCCCUCGCCUGCAAAUAUCAACAGUGGUGGAUACAAAAACUGGAAAGGGAAUCAAGAGUGAUGUCAGGACAAGCUCUGGCAUGUUUUUGAGUCCUGAAGAGAGAAAAUAUCCUAUGGUACAAGCAAUUGAAAAAAGAAUUUCUGUCUAUUCUCAAAUACCAGUUGAAAAUGGAGAGCUUAUGCAAGUCCUGAGGUAUGAGAAGAAUCAAUAUUACAAACCCCAUCAUGACUAUUUUUCUGAUACUUUCAACUUGAAGCGUGGUGGGCAGCGAAUAGCUACAAUGCUUAUGUAUUUAAGUGAUAAUAUUGAAGGAGGCGAAACAUAUUUCCCAAUGGCUGGUUCGGGGGAAUGUAGCUGUGGUGGGAAACUUGCCAAAGGGCUAUCUGUGAAACCGAUUAAAGGAAAUGCAGUGCUUUUCUGGAGUAUGGGACUGGAUGGACAGUCAGAUCCAAAUAGUGUGCAUGGUGGAUGUGAGGUAAUCUCUGGGGAGAAGUGGUCAGCCACUAAGUGGAUGAGGCAAACAGCUCAUGCUUGAUUUAGAUUUCGAAAAAAAAUAGUUAUUAAGAUUAGUUAUUGAUAUUAGACCAAUAAACUACGGCAUAAUAUGAUAUAUUAUUAGAUACACGUGGUAUGCUUUAUCUGUAUCAUUCGGUAUCUUUGCGAAAUAUAUAGCCCUCUUUGUAUUCAAGUUUCUGUUGAAUCUCUAGACAUGUAGGGAUAGUUUAUUCGAAGAAACCA